ACGUGACUAUUGAGGAAGCGUUUGACGAAGGUCAUUCCUGGACUCUACUGUAGUUUGUUUAUGUUUUGUUUUGGUCCCGCCGGUGUGAAAACAUGACGGAAUUAUUGCUUAAGAUUAAAAACAGCGUGCCAGCCAAACAGAAGACGACUUUGACUCAGAGCGACAUGCAGUCUUGGGGCUUAAAAGGGAUCCAGCUGCGGGCCUACCAGCUGGAUGGCGUCCAGUGGCUGACGCAGUGCCUGAAGAACCAGCAGGGAUGCAUCCUGGGAGAUGAGAUGGGCUUGGGAAAAACUUGUCAGACCAUCUCCCUGCUGGUGUAUAUGUCAGGCGCUCUUGAUGCCAAUGGUCCAUUUUUGGUCCUUAGUCCGCUCUCUGUCAUGGAGAACUGGAGGAAUGAGUUGGAACGUUUUGCACCAUUUCUGAAUGUGCUUUGCUACAAGGGAGACAAGGACAGACGGGCCGAGAUUCAAGGGGAUGCGCAGGACUUCCACGUUCUGCUCACCACAUACGAGCUCUGUCUCAAAGAUGCUUUCUUCCUAAAACGGUGGAAGUGGAAGGUGCUGGUCGUGGACGAAGCUCACCGCCUCAAGAACCAGAACUCUCUGCUACGUAAGACCCUGACUAAGUUCUCAGUGGACUUCCGGGUUCUGCUGACCGGCACGCCCAUCCAGAACAACCUACAGGAGCUCCACUCCCUGCUGAGUUUCAUCCAGCCCGCCGUCUUCUCGGCGGAUGAUGCCGACGGCUUUGCUCGCUCUUUUGCAGAUGUGCGGAGUCAACCUGCACUCGCUGCCGAGCUCCAGAGCGUCCUGGAGCCCUUCCUGCUCCGCCGGGUCAAGUCGGAGGUGGCGGUCGACCUGCCCAAGAAGACGGAAGUGGUGGUGUACCACGGCAUGUCGGCGCUGCAGAAGAAAUACUACAAAGCCCUCCUGAUGAAGGAUGUCGAGGCUUUUGGCAGCGACCAGAGCAACAAGACCCGUCUGCUGAACAUCCUGAUCCAGCUGAGGAAGUGUGUCGACCACCCGUAUCUGUUCGACGGAGUGGAGCCCGAACCGUUUGAGAUGGGGGAACAUCUGAUUGAAGCAAGCGGGAAACUCUGCCUCCUCGACAACAUGUUGGCCUACCUGCAACAAGGCGGCCAUCGUGUUCUGCUCUUCUCCCAGAUGACCAGGAUGCUGGACAUUCUUCAGGACUACAUGGAGUACAGAGGUUUCAGCUACGAGCGUCUGGACGGCUCGGUCCGCGGCGAGGAACGGAACCUGGCGGUGAAGCACUUCAGCAGCAAGGACGUGUUCGUCUUCCUGCUCAGCACCAAAGCAGGAGGCGUUGGCUUGAACCUGACAGCCGCGGACACGGUCAUCUUCAUGGACAGCGACUUCAACCCUCAAAACGACCUGCAGGCGGCCGCGCGCUGCCACCGGAUUGGCCAGCGCAGGCCGGUGAAGGUGGUCCGCCUGCUGGCCAGAGACACGGUGGAGGAGAUCAUGUACUCCCGCGCCAUCGCCAAGCUGGAGCUCACCAACGCGGUGAAACCGACAGAUCAGGAAACUUUGGAGGCGGCGGCGGCGGCGCUGGCGCUCGCCUUCCCCAACAGGAAGCGGCGUCCUCUCACCGAGGAGGAGCUGGAGCUACGGCGGCGGAAGCGCGAGGAGGCGGCGGCCAAGCGGGCCAAAUAUGAGGCGGACGCCAAGAGGAAGCAGGAGGAGACCAAGUACAAGAAAAAGAUGGCGUGGUGGGCGUCGAGCGGCUACAGGUCCUGCUGCCUGAAGCCCGCGCACAGCGAGGAAGACGAAGAGGAGGAAGAGGAGGAGGACGUCGGCAGCGUGAGCUCGGCGGACUCGGAUAGCGGCGCCAUCCGCUACGUCCUGGGAGACGUGACGCAUGCUCACGCCGCACGCGGGGACGCCAUCAUCGUGCACUGUGUUGAUGACUCGGGCCGCUGGGGGAAGGGAGGCUUGUUCACUGCGCUGGAGGUGCGGUCGGAUGAACCCCGCCGGCGGUACGAGCUGGCGGGUGAGAUGAAAGACUUGGAUCUCGCAAGCGUGCUGUUUUUUCCCAUCGAUGACAAACAGUCCCGACUGGACGGGAACGAUCACGUGGCCCUCAUCGUCGCGCAGCGGCGAGACAAGGCCAACAAGUUGUCGGGCAUCUUUCUGACGGCGCUGGACGAAGGCCUGAAGAAGAUUUACGCCGCCGCCAAACGGAAUCAAGCGAGCGUGCACCUGCCUCGCAUCGGCCACGCUACCGAGGGCUUCAACUGGUACGGCACGGAGCGUCUGAUCAGGAAACAUCUGGCUUCCAGAGGCAUCCCCACCUUCAUAUACUAUCACAGUCGCGGCGCCAAAAACCCGCUCGCCGCUGCCUCGGCGUCCUCGCCGGAAGCGCAGACGCGCAGCUCGGCCGCCGGCGCCGCGGAAGCGCAAGGGGCGGGCCCGUCCGCCCCCGGGGGCCCUCGGACCUCCCCCGAGCUGCCGUCUUUCAUGAGGGGGGUCCACGUCUUUUUCUACAACCUGACGGCAACGGACCGAAAGAGGCUGGCACGCUACCUCUGCACCUAUGAUGGCGACGAGGAAGAGACGAUGAGCGGCGAGGUCACCCACGUCGUCGCCGAGGUGGAGCACGAGCUCCGCUCUCAGGAGCUGCGGGAGCUGACGCGCCGCUACGAUCGGGCCGUGCCGGUGCGCAAGGCCUGGCUGGAGGCCUGCUUCUCGCGACAGAGGCGAGUCCGCAGCGCGUCCUUCGCACACGUGCUCGCAUAACAC